UAUGGGAGCCCUCGCCCAGCUCAUGCCAACAUGAAUGCCAAUGCCGCAGCAGGGCUUGCCCCUGAGCACAUCCCCACCCCAGGAGCAGCCCUCUCAUGGCAGGCGGCCAUUGAUGCCGCCCGGCAAGCCAAGCUGAUGGGCAGUGCUGGCAACGCUACCAUCUCCACCGCCAGCUCCACUCAGAGGAAACGGCAGCAAUAUGGGAAGCAGAAGAAGCAAGGGAGCACAACGGCCACUCGCCCACCCCGUGCAUUGCUGUGCUUGACCCUGAAAAACCCCAUCCGGAGAGCAUGCAUAAGCAUUGUUGAAUGGAAAUCAUUUGAAAUCAUUAUUUUAUUGACUAUUUUUGCCAAUUGUGUGGCCUUAGCGAUCUAUAUUCCCUUUCCAGAAGAUGAUUCCAAUGCCACCAAUUCUAACCUGGAACGAGUGGAAUAUCUCUUUCUCAUCAUUUUUACAGUGGAAGCAUUUUUAAAAGUAAUAGCAUAUGGACUUCUCUUUCACCCCAAUGCUUACCUCCGCAACGGUUGGAAUUUACUAGAUUUUAUAAUUGUGGUAGUAGGGCUGUUUAGUGCAAUUUUAGAACAAGCAACCAAAGCAGAUGGGGCAAAUGCAUUAGGAGGAAAAGGGGCUGGAUUUGAUGUAAAGGCCCUGAGGGCUUUCCGAGUGCUGCGCCCCUUACGCCUAGUGUCUGGAGUGCCAAGUCUUCAAGUGGUUUUAAAUUCCAUCAUCAAGGCCAUGGUUCCGCUGCUGCAUAUCGCCCUGCUUGUGCUAUUUGUCAUAAUCAUCUACGCCAUCAUUGGGCUGGAGCUCUUCAUGGGGAAGAUGCACAAGACUUGCUACAACCAGGAGGGUUUAACAGAAGAUGACCCUUCUCCUUGUGCCCUUGACACGGGACAUGGACGGCAGUGCCAGAAUGGCACGAUAUGUAAAGCAGGGUGGGAUGGACCCAAACACGGUAUCACCAACUUUGACAAUUUCGCCUUCGCCAUGUUAACUGUGUUCCAGUGCAUUACAAUGGAGGGUUGGACAGAUGUGCUGUACUGGGUCAAUGAUGCCGUAGGAAGGGACUGGCCCUGGAUCUAUUUUGUUACACUAAUCAUCAUAGGGUCAUUUUUUGUUCUUAACUUGGUUCUCGGUGUCCUUAGCGGAGAGUUUUCCAAAGAGAGAGAGAAGGCAAAGGCUCGAGGAGACUUCCAAAAGCUGCGAGAGAAGCAGCAGCUAGAGGAGGACCUCAAAGGCUACCUGGACUGGAUCACUCAAGCUGAAGAUAUUGACCCUGAGAAUGAAGAUGAAGGCAUGGAUGAGGAGAAACCCAGAAACAGAAGCACUUCGGCUGGCAUGAUUGAUAAGAAGAAAGGGAAGUUUUCUUGGUUUAGUCACUCCACAGAAACCCAUGUGAGCAUGCCCACAAGUGAGACAGAGUCGGUCAACACUGAAAACGUGGCUGGAGGCGACAUCGAGGGAGAGAACUGUGGAGCGAGGCUGGCGCACCGAAUCUCCAAAUCAAAAUUCAGCCGCUACUGGCGCCGGUGGAACCGAUUCUGCAGAAGGAAGUGUCGGGCUGCUGUCAAAUCCAAUGUUUUCUACUGGCUUGUUAUUUUCCUUGUGUUUCUCAACACCCUUACCAUCGCCUCAGAGCACUACAACCAGCCCCACUGGCUCACAGAAGUCCAAGACACUGCCAACAAGGCCCUGCUGGCUCUUUUCACUGCAGAGAUGCUGUUGAAGAUGUACAGCCUUGGCCUCCAGGCCUAUUUUGUGUCUCUUUUCAACCGCUUUGACUGCUUCAUCGUGUGUGGAGGAAUCCUGGAGACCAUCCUGGUAGAGACCAAGAUCAUGUCCCCCCUGGGGAUCUCAGUGUUGAGAUGUGUCCGGCUGCUGAGGAUAUUCAAAAUUACAAGGUAUUGGAACUCCUUGAGCAACCUGGUAGCAUCAUUACUGAAUUCAGUGCGAUCAAUUGCCUCACUCCUGCUGCUCCUUUUUCUCUUCAUCAUCAUCUUCUCUCUCCUGGGGAUGCAGCUCUUUGGUGGAAAGUUCAACUUUGACGAGAUGCAGACCCGGAGGAGUACAUUUGAUAAUUUCCCCCAGUCUCUUCUCACUGUGUUUCAGAUCCUGACCGGGGAGGACUGGAAUUCGGUGAUGUAUGAUGGGAUCAUGGCUUACGGAGGGCCCUCUUUUCCAGGGAUGUUAGUCUGUAUUUACUUCAUCAUCCUUUUCAUCUGUGGAAACUACAUCUUACUGAAUGUAUUCUUGGCCAUUGCUGUGGACAAUCUAGCUGAUGCUGAGAGCCUCACAUCUGCCCAGAAAGAAGAGGAGGAGGAAAAAGAGAGGAAGAAGCUAGCCAGGACUGCCAGCCCUGAAAAGAAGCAAGAGGUGGAAAAACCAGCUGUGGAGGAGACUAAGGAGGAGAAAAUUGAGCUAAAGUCAAUUACUGCUGAUGGGGAGUCUCCACCCACCACCAAGAUCAACGUGGAUGACCUCCAGCCCAAUGAAAAUGAGGAGAAAGGUUCCUAUCCCAACCCAGAAGGUGGAGGAGAAGAAGAGGAAGAGGAGCCUGAGAUGCCUGUGGGGCCCCGCCCUCGCCCACUCUCUGAGUUACACCUCAAGGAGAAGGCAGUGCCCAUGCCAGAGGCCAGCGCAUUUUUCAUCUUUGGCCAUAACAACAGGUUCCGUCUUCAGUGUCACCGCAUUGUCAACAACAACAUCUUUACCAAUCUGAUCCUCUUCUUCAUUCUGCUCAGCAGCAUCUCCCUAGCUGCUGAGGACCCGGUCCGACACAACUCCUUUCGGAACCAAAUUCUGUUUUAUUUUGAUAUAGUUUUUACUACCAUUUUCACCAUUGAAAUUGCUCUGAAGAUGACCGCCUAUGGGGCUUUCCUCCACAAGGGCUCUUUCUGCAGAAACUACUUCAACAUCUUGGACCUCCUCGUGGUCAGCGUGUCCCUGAUCUCCUUCGGUAUCCAGUCCAGUGCCAUCAAUGUUGUCAAGAUCCUGAGAGUUCUUCGAGUACUCAGACCCCUGAGAGCCAUCAAUAGGGCCAAGGGACUAAAGCAUGUGGUCCAGUGUGUGUUUGUUGCUAUCCGAACCAUAGGGAACAUUGUGAUUGUCACCACACUUCUGCAAUUCAUGUUUGCCUGCAUCGGGGUACAGCUGUUCAAGGGCAAACUCUACACCUGUACAGACAGUUCCAAACAGACCGAGGCCGAAUGCAAGGGCAACUAUAUCACAUACAAAGAUGGUGAGGUUGAUCAUCCCAUCAUUCAGCCUCGAAGUUGGGAAAAUAGCAAAUUUGACUUUGACAAUGUCCUGACUGCCAUGAUGGCCCUCUUCACUGUCUCCACCUUUGAGGGGUGGCCAGAGCUUCUAUACCGAUCCAUCGACUCACACACUGAAGAUAAGGGACCCAUCUACAACUACCGAGUAGAGAUCUCCAUCUUCUUCAUCAUCUACAUCAUCAUCAUCGCCUUCUUUAUGAUGAAUAUCUUUGUGGGUUUCGUCAUUGUCACCUUCCAGGAACAGGGAGAACAGGAGUACAAGAACUGUGAACUGGACAAGAACCAGCGACAGUGCGUAGAGUAUGCUCUCAAGGCUCGACCCUUGAGGAGGUACAUCCCCAAGAACCAGCACCAGUACAAAGUGUGGUAUGUGGUCAAUUCCACCUAUUUUGAGUACUUGAUGUUCGUCCUCAUCCUUCUCAACACCAUCUGCUUGGCCAUGCAGCACUACGGUCAGAGCUGUCUUUUCAAAAUCGCUAUGAACAUUCUCAACAUGCUCUUCACCGGCCUCUUCACCGUGGAGAUGAUCCUGAAGCUCAUUGCGUUCAAACCCAAGGGUUACUUUAGUGAUCCUUGGAAUGUUUUUGACUUCCUGAUCGUAAUUGGCAGCAUUAUUGACGUCAUUCUCAGUGAGACUAAUCACUAUUUCUGUGAUGCAUGGAAUACAUUUGACGCCUUGAUUGUUGUGGGUAGCAUUGUUGAUAUAGCAAUCACCGAGGUAAACCCAGCUGAACAUACCCAAUGCUCUCCCUCUAUGAAUGCAGAGGAGAACUCCCGGAUCUCCAUCACCUUCUUCCGUCUCUUCCGGGUCAUGCGUCUUGUCAAGUUGCUGAGCCGUGGGGAGGGCAUCCGGACCCUGCUCUGGACUUUCAUCAAAUCUUUUCAGGCUCUACCCUAUGUGGCUCUUCUGAUAGUGAUGCUUUUCUUCAUCUAUGCUGUCAUUGGAAUGCAGGUGUUUGGCAAAAUUGCCCUGAAUGAUACCACGGAAAUCAAUCGGAACAACAACUUUCAGACCUUCCCUCAAGCUGUGCUACUUCUCUUCAGGUGUGCUACAGGAGAGGCAUGGCAAGAUAUCAUGCUAGCCUGUCUGCCAGGAAAGAAGUGUGCCCCUGAGUCUGAGCCAAGUAACAGUACUGAAGCAGAAACGCUCUGUGGCAGCAGCUUUGCUGUCUUCUAUUUUAUCAGUUUCUACAUGCUCUGUGCCUUCCUGAUCAUCAACCUCUUUGUAGCUGUCAUCAUGGACAACUUUGACUACCUGACAAGAGACUGGUCCAUCCUAGGUCCCCAUCACUUGGAUGAAUUCAAAAGGAUCUGGGCAGAAUAUGACCCUGAAGCCAAGGGCCGUAUCAAACACCUGGAUGUGGUGACCUUACUCCGGAGGAUCCAACCCCCACUAGGGUUUGGAAAGCUGUGCCCUCAUCGAGUAGCAUGCAAACGUCUGGUGUCCAUGAACAUGCCUCUGAACAGUGAUGGGACUGUUAUGUUCAAUGCUACAUUGUUUGCCCUGGUCAGGACAGCCUUGAGGAUCAAAACAGAAGGGAACCUGGAACAAGCCAAUGAAGAGUUACGAGCAAUUAUCAAAAAGAUCUGGAAAAGGACCAGCAUGAAGCUCCUAGACCAAGUAGUUCCCCCAGCUGGUGACGACGAGGUGACUGUCGGCAAGUUCUACGCCACCUUCCUGAUCCAAGAAUAUUUCCGAAAAUUUAAGAAGCGCAAAGAGCAAGGACUAGUGGGCAAGCCCUCCCAAAGGAAUGCUCUGUCUCUCCAGGCUGGUCUUCGUACGCUUCAUGACAUCGGGCCGGAGAUUCGACGGGCCAUCUCUGGGGACCUGACAGCUGAGGAGGAGUUGGACAAGGCAAUGAAGGAAGCUGUUUCUGCUGCCUCUGAAGAUGACAUCUUUAGGAGGGCCGGUGGCCUGUUUGGCAAUCAUGUCAGCUACUACCAAAGCGAUGGUCGAAGCUCCUUCCCCCAGACCUUCACCACCCAGCGCCCACUGCAUAUCAACAAGGCGGGUAACAGUCAAGGCGACACGGAGUCACCAUCCCAUGAGAAACUGGUGGACUCCACAUUCACUCCCAGCAGCUACUCAUCCUCUGGUUCCAAUGCCAACAUCAACAACGCCAACAACACUGCCCUGGGCCGCUUCCCCUGUCCCACCGGUUACCCCAGUACGGUCAGCACAGUGGAGGGCCAUGGGACCCCCUUGUCCCCUGCCAUCCGGGUGCGCGAGACAGCAUGGAAGCUCAGCUCCAGGAGAUACCACUCCCGGGACAGCCGGAUAGCCAUGGUGUACCCAGAGGAGGCAGCUCUCAGCAAGAGCUAUGAAGGGAAUGUGAAUGAGAACACAGAAUACUGCAGCAAGCCCAGCCUGAUCUCCACUGAGAUGCUAUCCUAUCAAGAUGACGAGAAUAGACAGCUGACACCACCAGAAGACAAGACCAGACAGUCUAUGAAGAGAGGAGGAUUCCUCCACUCUUCCUCACUAGGUCGGAGAGCAUCCUUCCAUUUGGAGUGUCUAAAGAGACAAAAGAACCAAGGGGGAGACAUCUCUCAGAAGACAGUGCUGCCUUUGCAUCUGGUUCAUCACCAGGCAUUGGCAGUGACAGGCCUCAGCCCUCUCCUUCAGAGAAGCCAUUCUCCAAACACCACAUUCCCCAGGCCAAGUGCCACCCCCCCAGCAACUCCUCAUGGCCAUGCCUGGCCCCUCCAGCCCAUUCCUACACUGUGGCUAGAAGGAGCAGAGUCCAACGAAAAGCUCAAUAGCAGCUUCCCUUCAAUCCACUGCAGCUCCUGGUACGCAGAAAAUGCCAACUGUGGGGGCAGCAGGGGCAGCACCUCCCGGAGAGCCCGGCCAGUCUCCCUCACUGUGCCCAGCCAGUCUGGAGCAGCUGGUAGACAAUUCCACGGCAGUGCAAGCAGUCUAGUUGAAGCGGUCUUGAUUUCAGAAGGACUGGGACAAUUUGCCCAAGACCCCAAGUUCAUCGAAGUCACAACCCAAGAACUUGCUGAUGCCUGUGAUAUGACAAUAGAAGAAAUGGAGAAUGCGGCUGACAAUAUCCUCAGUGGUAGCAGCAAGCAGAGCCCCAAUGGCAACCUAUUACCUUUUAUUAACUGCAGGGACCCGGGGCAGGACCAAGCAGGUGGUGAGGAGGAAGAGGGAGUGCCCAACCCCGAAUGUCGAAAGAGCGAGGAGGAGCUCCAGGACAGCAGGGUUUAUAUCAGCAGCCUGUAGUUGCUGGGGCUGUCAUGAUUCGGGAUUUUUUUUAAUUUGUUUCAAUGUUCCUAAUAGGUUCGUUUCAGAAGUGCCUCACUGUUCUCGUGACCUGGAGUUAACCGGAACAGCGUUCUUCAUUCAUUUCUGUUGGGAUGAGAGACAGAGUUGGGUGGUGAUGAGAGAGAGAUUUUCAGGGGAAAGAGAAGCAACAACCCCAGUCCACAGGUGUUAGAGUGGUGAGGAGGUGGAAGAAUAAGGGAGGGAGGAAGAAGAGAACAGGUACCUGCCCCCUCCUUACUUCAGGCCCUAUACCAGAAAGUGACAGCUGCCUACUGUGCAAGAAGGAUAAUAUCAGUUUCCUGUGGGCCACCCUCACCAAAAGGACCCUGCAUCAAAUGGGUGUCUUUCAACUUUGCUUGUAAAAAAAAUCAUUUUUGCACAUAUUCUGUAUGAGCCUCACUGUCUCCAUAGAGCAAGGGCCCUAUGGAUUUGGAAAAGAAAAUGGCGGCAUGACUUCUGCUGAAGAUCCCAACACUUUGCCAAAGGGGGAGGAAGAAGAGGAAGAAAGAUG